AAUGCACUUCUCGCUCCAUGAAGUUUUGAGCCUGUGUCCUUUCACACGAAUCCAUCAUCUGCGACUCCGUUAUUUCUUCUCCUGCACUGCAUGAUGCCGCCUCCUCCCUCUCACUCACGGCUUCCAUCUAUCUCGACCUUUUCUUAAUCUCGACUCGGCUGUCUUCUACCCUUGAUAAAUCUCGGGGACCUACCCAAGGUUAUGUCAAACCAUGCCGCGACCGAUUCGCGUCUUCCGUCGUCUCCCCUUGAAUCGUCCUAUCAUGGACAUCAACAUGCGCCACUGUAUGCGCCGGACUCCAUCGCCGUCUGGCAGUCUUCUCCGCCUACGUAUACCUCGGCUCCGCAGAAUUACUACGAUUUCGACAUUGAAGAGCUGUCAGAUAAUGACAUGGUGUACCCUGACAACGCACAAAUUCUGCGUCCGUACGAGCUGGAAGAGGUUGACAGUCCUGUCACAAACGCUACCCGUGUCGAUUGCUCGAACGACAUGGAAGAAGACUACGAAGAUGAUGAACAAGACCCAGAUUCAGCUGCCUUUGCUCGCCGGCUGCGUCGCAUGCGUUGGAAGCCCGCCUCUCGACCUUACUCCUUUGCUCGUUCAUCGCCCGUCCGACCCAACCCCCGCAAGCGAUUACGAUCAGAGGUCCUAGAAGACACCGAUACCGACACCGAUAGUAUUGACAGCUCUUAUGCCCGCUCCGAGCCACCAAGGGCACGGCGACGUACUCAAGAACCGGACAGUACAUCCACGCUUAUCACGCUCUCGAAAGUGAGUUGCGACGACUCCACUACACAAGCAUCAACUGCGGCCAUGUACGGCGAUCCUAUGGAUGUCGAUGAACAAGCCACCUAGGACUACACAAGUCGUUCUCCGUUUAUCCAUCCUCUUACGACCACUUGCUUUCUUAGCGCCUGUUAUAUACCCAAU